AGAGAGAGAGAUACAAAGGAUCGGUGAGUUUCUUUCCCACUGUGCAAGCAGCAGGAAAAGUUUGUAUGCUGGUGUUGGGGCGUGUGGUAUGUUUUCAUACAAGUUCCUUGAACUGGAAGGACCCCUGAAGACUGCACAAUGAAGAGCCGCUUCAGUGACCUACUGUCAGACUUUUUAUUUGAGUACGAGACCCCCCGCCAGGUACUGGUGAAGAACAAGAGGGUGGGGGUGGUGUGCCGGCUCAUCCAACUGGGGGUCCUGGUCUACAUCAUUGGGUGGGUGUUUAUCUACGAGAAGGGCUAUCAGUCCACUGACACGGCUAUUAGCUCCAUCUUGACGAAGAUGAAAGGCAUCGGCAUCACCAAUGAGAAUGGCACGGAGCGCAUAUGGGACGUGGCGGAUUACGUUUUUCCAGCACAGGGAGACUCAUCGUUUGUGGUGAUGACAAACUACAUCAUGACAGAGGGACAGCAGCAGACUACGUGCCCAGAGCCACAGGCUAACUGCACAUCAGACACGGACUGCAAGGGAGGAACAUUCAAACGUACGGGACAUGGGCAGCUGACUGGGAAAUGCCUCACGGAGGUUGGAAAGUGUGAGAUUCAAGCUUGGUGCCCCACUGAGAACGAACCUAAGAUCCCUGACCCGGCUCUACUGAUGUCAUCAGAAAACUUCACGCUUUACAUCAAAAACUCAAUCACCUUUCCGACAUUUGAAGUCUCCAGGAGCAAUUUGGUGGAAGAUGUGAACAGCACUUACCUUAAAAGCUGCAUCUAUGAAGCUAAAAAUAACCCGCUCUGCCCCAUCUUCAGACUGGGGGACAUCGUGAAGCUCUCCGGUUUAAAAUACGCAGACAUUGCCAAAGAGGGUGGUGGCAUUGGAAUUGUCAUAGACUGGGAGUGUGACCUUGACUUCCACGUGAAAUACUGCAAACCUGACUAUUCCUUCUACGCCCUUUAUGGCGACACACAGAAGACUGACUCUACCCUCGGCUACAACUUCAGGUACGCUAAAUAUUACAUGGAUGAUGGGAUAGAGAAAAGGACACUCAUUAAGGUGUUUGGCAUACGGAUUGACAUCCUCGUGUGGGGGGAGGCAAGGAAAUUCGACAUCAUCCCAACCCUGACGGCCAUCGGUUCUGGAGUGGGCAUUUUCGGAGUGGCCACCGUAGUCUGUGACCUGGUUCUUCUGUAUGUCCUGCCCAAAAGAGACCUGUAUAAGAACAUGAAGUUCAAACACACAGAAAUCCAGCAGGAGAAUCCAGCUUUAAAAACGGACGACGGAAACGAAGGGGGAGGCCUACACUGAGAUGACUUCCAGGACUGCUGGUGACCACAGUCAGACUCCCCGCCCCACUUGAAAACCAUGGCCAGUCAGUGACCUGACUCAUACAUCCCCCAACAUCUGUAUAAAUUCCCAGAGAUGUAUAGUAUGUAUACACACGAGUGUGCUUGUAUAGAAUUUGAAUAUACUUGUGUUUUGCUAUUAUGCUAUUGCGUAAGCUUGUAGCAACCAAUGUCAGCGAUAAGACAGAAGCAAGUCACUGUAUUGGAUAUACUAUGUUACGAAACAUGCUGGUCAGUCUGAACUUGCAUCUCUGACUGCCUCUCGUUUCAGCUGAAUUCUGCUGCUUGCGAUGUCUGUACAUGUUUUUGAAAAAGUUAUGGUUUACCACAGAACUCAGGUAUUUUCCAAGAAAGCUUUUAUGAACAGCUUGAUGUUUUAAGAUUGAAUAUUUUUUUAUUGAUAUGGAUCAUUAAAAUAAAAAGCAUCUCAACACAAGCACUCCA